UUUAAUCUCUGGCGUUUACUGGUUCUGCUCUUUACAAAGCCAACAACCCAUGAAUCUCCUCCAAUACGUGCCACUUCCUCGUUUAACCGAUAAUGGCAAGGGACCAAUCUGACCUAACGGCCGCUUCCUGCAUGGACCCAUCUGAGGUGUUCGAAUCGUUCAAUACCUUGGCUAGGUGCUUUAGUGUCGUCGGUCUCCGGGAGCGCACAGGUAACUCUGGUCCAUCCUCAGAACGCUACUAUCUGCAUGUCAACAGUACUUUGGGGGCCCUUAUCGGGAAGUGCCUUGACCAGUACUGCCAAAUGCCAGAUCCACAGUUGAAGGGAUGCAGUUCAGAGGGGUACCCUCCGGACGAGUUUUAUCGCCUGUUCGCCCACCCCGAACCAGAGUUCGAAACUGUGACCUGUCGUAGUAUCAACGUUAACGCAAAUCGGGAUAUUAGUGGUGUGGGGGUGAAUCUGCCUAGAAAGUUCUGUAUCUUGACUGCAUGGCUUACUAAUAUUUAUCUUUUCGCGUGAAUCCCAGGUGUUGCUCUCAUUUGCGAUGCAAUCUGGCAUCCUUGCCUUUAUCCAUUUCGCUGUACUCAUACUAAAAUUCUUUCCGAAAGCCACACGAUGCGUACGACACCGCCACUUCUCCGCCCUUAAGUUCACAUUAGUGGAGUUUCAGGAGGCUCAAUGCUUCUACAUGCUGUCCUUUCAGUUUGCUGCCCUGACCGCUCUUGUGGCUGGCCCGCAGCUCUAUGAAGCAACUAGUUUGGCGCAGCUUACAUCGAGCACCUCCAUGGUCAAGGCUGUGGCGUUAAUGGGUGUGCUUCCGAUCACACAUGGCCUAUGGAUUCUACACAGGGUUGACUUACAUUCGUGGUAUAUUUCUCUAUGGUCAGCUAUUACGAUAGUGGUGUCUAGUGCCACUCUCCAUCUAUGUAAGAUGGAACCUAGAGCGGCCAAUUUGCAGAGUAUUGCAAUCGCCAGUCAUCUAGACAAAUGUGGCUAUCACCCUCCUCCCCUUAUAUAUUGCCGGUCACAUUCCGAUUAUUACUUUAGCGCUAUGGCCCUUAUAUUCUUUGGGAUAACAGAUGACAUCCUGAAUUUUGUAUGUAUUGGGAUAUAUGGAAUCCUC